CCACCGAGCGAUGGUUCGGAAAGGCGCCAGGUCAUCAAGAGUAAGAUCAUGGCAAUCGGAAAAAUGGCAAGGGUGUUCUCCAUUCUAAGGGAAGAAUCGGAACGCGUCAUGGAAUUAAAGAGCGUGACAGGCGAUGGAAAAUUACCUUAUGGCACUUUGGCCUUGGGGGCCGAGGGAAUCAAGAGAGCAAUCACUUCUUUCGAAGAGGCACGUCGUUCUGAUCUUGAGAACGAACGCUUACCACCGACGCGAAAAGAAGUAGACGAUGUUGAACGUUCUAAAGCUAUUAAAGAGGCAAUCCAGGAGGUUGACGACGAUCAAGCGCUCCAGGAGGUUGCUGAAGUAUUUAUUAAAGAUGAUGAGAGAAGGAAAAGUUUGAAAGAAGCUGUGAAUGUUAAUCUUUGA